AUUUUUUUUUUUGUCUUUAAAAAUAACCAAAGUUCUUCUCCAACUCAUCUCAACUUUUUUCACUUUGAACUUAUUGCUGGUUUCCUGAGAGGGAAUCAUGGCAUUUGUUGCGGUGCAUGUUGGCGCAGGUAACCAUGCCCGUUCCAAAGAGUCAUUGUAUAAAGAAACAUGUAAUCGCGCGUGCCAGGCUGCCAUGGACCUGCUUCUUCAAGGAGCAGAUUCUAUGCAGGCGGUCGGCGCUGCAAUAGCUGUCUUAGAGGAUUCCCCGUGUACCAAUGCUGGCUAUGGCUCAAAUUUGACGUUGCAAGGCACUGUAGAGUGCGACGCAAGUAUCAUGACAGAAGCCGGUAAUUUUGGUGCUGUAGGAGCUGUAUCAGGGAUAAAGAAUCCUAUACUCGCCGCAAAGAAAUUAUUAGAGGUGUCCAAUCAAGGAUUACUCUCACUCGGUCGAGUCCCACCUGUAUUCAUGGUUGGACCCGGCGCAUUUGAGUGGGCCAAAGAUCAUGGUGUUGAAGUCGUUCUGAAAUCGAAACUUAUAUCUGAUGGUGCCUUACAAACCUAUGUUGGUCACAUGCAUCGAUACUAUGAAAUGAAUAAAUUGGCUUGCGACCAUAGUCAACACGCCUUACCUUCGUCAAGUAUCUCAGACGAUAGUGCCUUAGGUCAUGAUACAGUCGGCGCCAUUUGCGUGGAUCAGAACGGUAAAAUAGCCUCUGGUGUCAGCAGUGGUGGGAUAUCCCUGAAAUUUCCUGGUCGCGUCGGCGAGGUAAGUCUUGGAAUGAGCACUAAUACACCAAAUUGUGUUCUGAUCAAUCCUUUUCAGGCUGCGGUCUUCGGAAGCGGAUGUUGGACCCAAAGAUUAACAGAUCCAGACGUAGCGAUUGCCUGUAGCAGCACUGGCACCGGUGAACAACUCUUACUAACAAUGCUCGCUCAUCAAUUUGCAACCAUGGUUGAACAUGAAGAAGAAACGUCCGUUGCUAUGAGCCGAGUGUUAAAAACCAAAUUCCUUGAACACCCGUUACUUCAGAACAUGAUUGAAAAGAAUGCCGGCCUGUUGGCGGCAAAACUCAUAAGACGCAAUAAGGAUGGCUGCAUAGGGAUUGUUGAGCUCUGUUACGGGCACACAACGCACAGUAUGGGUGUCGGAUAUAUGACCUCGCAUCAAGAACAACCAAAGUUUGUUAUGUCCCGAAAACGACCGGGUCAAGAGCAGGCAUGUUCCUCUAUGAUGUUUAGACUAUACAAGUAGCCUUCAUCAUAGGUGAUGAAGAAAUAGUUAAUCAAAGUGAAGCGCUUCUUGCUUUACUUUAAUGGAUAGACAUAUCCCAGAAAAUGCUAUCUCAGUAACUACUAUCUCUGAACCAUUUCUCAUGACAAGAAGGACAUCACGCCUUCUGUAUAUACCGAUACCUCUGGGAUGUUUACCUAGCACAUCAAAGUUAUAUUACUUCUCAAGUUUUUAAAAAGUUUUUUUUUAAAGAUAAAGAUAGUCUUUAGUAUCUUGUAAAAUUUUU